AUGGUUCAUUGUACCAGGCCCACAACACUGUUCUUCUUAAUAUGGUUAUGCAAUGACGUCGUCUCUAAAAGAAAUCACACAUUAAAACCUAGAGUGGUGUUACCAGAGAAUUAUGUAAAAGAAAUGAGACCACCGUCUCUGAAAGGCCAUCCAGUAGUUGUUGAAUUUAGUAUAUACGUGGUGGACGUCAACUCGAUUAAUGUCGAAGACAUGGAUUUCAGAGUUGAUAUGUUCAUCAGACAGACAUGGAGCGAAAGUAGACUGCAACUCCCUGAUGACAUAUUCGAAGAGGGCGACGAUCACGUCACUCUACCUCCUGAAUUUUUCGACAACCUGUGGCACCCGGAUCCGUACUUCUUGAACUCCAAAGUCACAGAGAUAGCUGAGCUGACUCACAAAUUCUCCUCCGUGACGCUCUAUAGAAACCGAACAGUCAGAUAUGCAGCCAGGAUGCACGCUAUAAUUGCGUGUCAAAUGGAAUUUCAGCUUUACCCCAUGGAUAUUCAAUCUUGUCCAAUUUAUAUUGAAAGUUUCUCAUAUAGUAACCAAAAAGUACGAUUUCGUUGGAGUGAAGCCGGCGUUACCAUAAACCCUGAACUAAAACUUCUCCAAUACAAUAUUGGAGAACCACUGCGUCUCGAAGAAACUAACGGAUACAUGAUUGAUAAAGAUGGAAACUAUUCCAGAUUAGUAGUGUACUUCCGAUUCGAAAGACAAAUCGGUCAUCAUUUAAUACAAACGUUUGCACCCUCGUCGCUCGUUGUUAUGUUGUCCUGGUUCAGCUUCUGGCUGGAUUUGGACGCCAUUCCCGGAAGAGUGACCUUACUCGUUACAUGCAUGUUGACUUUAGUCACUAUGUUCACUGGACUGCGAGCUGAUAUACCGCCAGUAGCUUAUGUCAAGGCACUGGACUUAUGGAUGGCUGGUUGUAUGAUGUUCGUGUUCGCGGCUCUGGGCGAGUUUGUUGUUGUUAAAGUACUAGAUAAGCAGUACCAAAUGAACAAAACCAAAGCACAAGAGUCUAUGCCUAGGAUUAUACCAGUGCGAUUGAAUGGAGAGAAGGGUUCGUGCGGUACCGUAGCUGCGUGGGAGGGAAGUGGAGUACGAUGUCGUAAAGUUGACUUAACAUCACCUACUUCCCCUCCCGCUUCCACCCCUUCAGUGAAUGCCACGCCAGCAGCCCCAACCGCACAUAUUGUCGGUGUUGAACGACGUCAAAGUAUAUUACAAGUGGCAUGGCUUGAUACCGACACGGGUCAAGAGCGCAUUCUUUGGUACGAAAUAGACAGACUGUCAAGAAUUGUAUUCCCGGCCUUGUUUCUGCUCUUCGUCACAAUGUACUGGCCCGUACUUUUACUGAAAACAAAAGCGUGGUCAUAA